GUCAAGGUGUGAAUUCUCUCUAAUACAUCUGAUCAGCAGUGCAGCUAAAAAGAACAGACGAUAGGUCAAUGCAACGAUUUGGUAAUAACCUAUGAACUUUAUCGGCAAGUUGCAUUAUUCUAAUUAGUGUGCCAAAGUGGCUACAAUUCGUCGCGUCAUGAUAAACGAUAGAACGGCUAUAAACGUAAAAGGUAGAUAUUGCGUAGUAAAUGCGGAUUAAGAAGGGAGAUACGCGCGAUGCCUUCAGAGAUGAGAUCGAUCAACAGAAGCGAUUGGAUCACAGUGGCUGUUCUGUGUUUCGUAAAUCUUAUAAAUUAUAUGGAUCGCUUUACAAUCGCUGGGGUAUUGAAUGAUAUCAAGCAUGACUUCGAAAUUACCAACGAUAAGUCGGGAUUACUACAAACUGCAUUUAUUUUGAGCUAUAUGGUGUUUGCACCAUUAUUCGGAUAUUUAGGAGAUCGUUACAAUAGAAAAUUUAUUAUGAGCAGUGGCGUAUUUUUAUGGUGUCUAACAACAUUGGUCGGUUCUUACAUGAAAACAUUCGGGUGGUUCCUGUUUUUUAGGGCACUUGUUGGCAUAGGAGAGGCAAGUUAUUCCACGAUUGCUCCAACUAUAAUUAGUGACUUAUUUGUGAAGGAUGUGCGUUCCAGGAUGCUUGCCCUCUUCUACUUUGCUAUUCCAGUUGGAAGUGGUUUAGGAUAUAUUACAGGAGGUGAAACAGCCCGUAUCACAGGUCACUGGGAAUGGGGAUUACGUAUCACUCCUGUAUUAGGUGUCAUAGCAAUUCUACUAUUACUCACUGUUGUAAAAAAUCCCAUUAGAGGUGAACAAGAAGGUGGUGUUCAUCUGACAAGUACCACAUGGUCAUAUGACAUGAAGCAGUUGAUGAAAAACCCAAGCUUUAUGCUAUCUACCGCAGGAUUUACUUGUGUGGCAUUCGUCACUGGUGCAUUGGCAUGGUGGGCACCGUUGUAUUUACAAUUGGGUUUUCAAUUACAUCCCGACGAGAUGAAUGUUGAUCCAGAUGAUGUUGCAUACAAGUUUGGAUUAAUUGGUAUGGCAUCUGGCUUAAUAGGAGUACCUUUAGGUUCUGCAAUAGCGCAAAAAUUACGAUGUCAUUGGCAGCAAGCUGAUCCUCUGAUAUGCGCUGUAGGUCUUUUAAUAAGCGCACCUUUGUUGUUCUUUGCUUUGAUUACUGCCAAUACCAACUCUAUGCUCUGUUACACGUUAAUAUUCUUCGGUCAGUUGUCACUGAACUUGAAUUGGUCAAUUGUAGCAGAUAUGUUACUGUAUGUAGUAAUCCCUACGAGAAGGUCUACGGCUGAGGCAUUUCAAAUACUUAUUGCACAUGCUUUCGGAGAUGCAGGCAGUCCCUAUCUUAUCGGACUCAUAUCGGAAGGUCUAAAGUCCAUAUAUCUGCCGGUUCAAUCUAUAAGAGGUCUACUGGUGUUUGAUCAGGAUAUAAACGUCGAAUUCCGCAGUCUACAAUACGCAAUGUUUCUUACAAUGUUUGUAGAAGUAAUCGGAGCUCUAUUUUUCUUCCUGACAGCAUUGCAUAUACAGCAAGACAAAGCAUUAGUUGAUCUUGCUAUUGCGGGUGGAGGUAUGUCAGAUUCGAUAUGUAUUUGCAACGAUGCGGUUGACAGCGAAUUACAAAACGACCGGAAUACAAUAUUAGAAUUUAAUAGGCAUCACGAGGAACCGUCUCAAUAGAGUGGUAGACUUUGGAUAUUUAAGGACUAUAUUAUAAGAUUACAUCAAAUAUGUUUGUGUAUACAGUUUUAUGAUACAGAUGUAUUAUUAAUCCGCUGACAUGUCUCGAACAUGUAUCGACAAAGGGAAAAUUUAUAAAUAAUGAAUACCAUGAUCUAUACUACAAUCUAUAACGUUCAGUGUAAUAAUAAUAUUAUAUAUGCGUUCCUUUCUUUUUGAGGAAGGUAAUCCUGAGGAAGGUAACUUACCUCAAUUGUUGAUAGUGUAUAGAAAGCUGGAUUCGCAAAUAAUAAAUUUACUAAUUGUAGAAUAAAUAAAAAAAUGUUAUAUUUUUGUAAUCAUUCAUCAAAAUAACACAUAACGUAUUAUGGCAGUUAUAGCAUAAUAGAUGAAUAUUGUAUAAAUCAUUCGUGCGAGAGAAGGUAGAAGAGACUGAAUUGAGUAUUGUGUAACAGUAUUUACGUAUAAAAUAACAAAUAAUUGUAACAUCA